AUGCAUCCUGCGAGGGAUGAUGGACAGGAGCCGGACGAGGAGACUGCGUUGCUCUCUCAGUCGCGAGCGGAGGGAAAGGUUCCUGAGCAAGCGGUGACGCCGCUGCCCAAGUUGCAGAUCUUCAUUCUUUUGUUGCUGCAACUCGCGGAACCCAUAACGUCUCAAUGUAUAUAUCCAUUCAUCAACCAGCUCGUCAGCGAGCUCGAUAUAACGGGUGGCGAUGAGAAGAAGGUUGGAUAUUACGCAGGGUUAAUUGAGUCCAUAUUUUUCGCUACCGAGGCGAUGUUCGUGCUCCAGUGGUCGCAAGUUUCAGACCACAUUGGCCGCAAACCAGUCCUUCUGACAGGGACUGGCGGACUCUGUCUCUCUAUGAUAUGUUUUGGCCUUUCCAAAACAUACUGGACCCUCGUCGUCAGUCGAUGUUUAGUAGGCAUGCUCAAUGGCAACGUCGGUGUCAUCAAGAGCAUGAUGGGAGAACUGACGGAUUCUACCAACAUGGCCCAAGGCUUUUCUCUGAUGCCAGUAGUAUGGUCUGUCGGAGCAACUGUAGGCCCAUUCAUUGGAGGAACGCUGGCGAAGCCUCAUGAUCGCUGGCCAGGUGUCUUCUCUGGCCCCUUUUGGAUCAAGUAUCCCUAUUUCUUACCUUGCGCCACUUCGGCUGCUUUUACUACGUUUAUCUUUAUUAUCGCGGUGAUCUUCUUGAAAGAGACUGUCCAUACGCCUUCCCAGAAGAAUACUGGGGCUUCGGUGUCUAGGGAAGAUACGGACUGUGUUCAGCUGGAGGCCUUCACCAAACCGGCGACACUGCGGUCAUUGAUGGUGCGGCCCGUCCUUCUGUCCGUGGCAAAUUAUGGCUGUCUGGCUCUCCUCGAUAUCGCAUAUCGUGCAAUUCAGCCGUUAUUCUUCUCCACGCCCAUAGAAUAUGGCGGUCUUGGUCUUAACCCGGCCGCCAUUGGCUUGAUCCUUGGUGCCUUUGGCCUGAUGAAUGGAAGCUUCCAGGCACUCUUCUUUUCCAGGGUUGUACAUCGGUGGGGUCCAAAACGUGUGCUGAUGACAGGCAUGGCAUCUUUCGUGCCAAUUUUUGCGAUCUUCCCUGUAAUCAACCUCCUGGCCAGAACGCGGGGCACGACGCCCCUUAUCUGGUGUGUGGUUGCUCUCCAGCUGGCGAUAUCCGUGGUCAUGGACAUGACCUACGGCUGUGUCUUCAUGUUCGUGACGUCAUCCGCCCCAAAUAAACGUUCACUUGGUGCGACGAAUGGGAUCGGGCAGCUUGUUGCCUCCAUCGUGCGCACCAUCGGUCCUGCGUCGGCUACGUCGCUGUUUGCAGUCUCGCUAGAACGCAACUGGCUAGGAGGAUUUGCAGUCUACGGGAUCCUGAUACUGUUGGCAUGUCUGCUCUUCCUCGUGAGUCUGCCCCUGCCCCGCCAUCCAUGGAAGCACGACGAAUCGCAAUAA